AGCUAACGCCUCUCGACUUCUGUCUCUCGAAGUGAAUCUGAAUCCAAAAACUGAAUCAGAAACUGAGCCGGAAACCGAGACUCGAGAGAUUCAGAAACUCAGAAACUCAGUCUCGAGUGCGAUAUUGGCGAGCGUGAACGUGUUUACUUGGGCUUCGAUUGCAAGUACACAAGACCGAGCUUAAGAUGGCAAUUACGCGGCGGCUUUCCUGGCCCAAGCUGCUGUUUUUGUUUGUCUGGCUGUGCCUGGCAUUGGAUCCAAAUAGUGCGGCUCGAGUGCCCAGCGAUCGGUUUGCGUUUCCCUCAGAGUCCCAGCCCAAUGCCACGGCCAUUCGACUGGAGUCUAGAAUCAAAGAAAUCGAUCGGGAACUAGAAGAGGUGACCAGAAUGACGAAAAUUAGCCUCUUGAUCCCCGAGGAAAACAAGAAGGGCACACCCAGAACUACUGAUGCCGAAAACAAGUCAGAAAAACCCGGAAAUACGUCAGUUGAAGCCAGAAACGUGACCGAAAUCACAAGUAAUUCCAUGAGUAAACCAAUCCAAGUAAGCCCGUCCACACCGAAAAAUCAAGCCCAUCAAUCCAGCGAAUCCAAGAUGAUCACAUUCGCCAAAGAGCCGGAUUCAGACAAAACUGCUCCUUGGGACCAAACUGAACCCACCGUUGUCUCCAACAGGAGUAGUGUGGUGAUUGGACCGAGAAUUACCCUGGAAACCCUUCGAAUUUGUCCGGCAGGUACUACCCUGAGUAAUGAUCACUGUCGCAAGAUUGCCUAGCUGAGUUUUAAAAUCAUCAAUAAAUUGAAAUCAUAGCCAUGCUAUUGGAAAAUCAACAAAU